AGAAUUUCUCCCCUCUCUCUCUCUCCGAUCGGAUCGCCCAAACUCACCGCCUUUUCCUUCCAAAAACCCUAACUCCUUCUCCAAGAAAAAGCCCCUUCUUCGAUUCUUCUCUCCAUCACUCUCUCUGCGAUCGGACUCGGAAUUCCGAUCGCUUUUUCUUGCAUUUCUUUCGUCAGGAGAUGCUUCAUCUCUCAUCUAAUUCAACAUGAAGUUGAAGCGGCGGAGGGUUUUGGAAGUGCCUCCAAAAAUCAAGUCCUUCAUCAACAGUGUCACUGCUGCUUCUUUUGAGAAUAUAGAAGAACCCCUAAAAGGUUUCGUAUGGGAGUUUGACAAGGGGGACUUUCAUCACUGGGUUGAUCUUUUUAAUCAUUUUGAUUCAUACUUUGAGAAGCACAUAAAACCAAGGAAGGAUUUGCAGGUUGAGGAUAAUUUUCUGGAAGCAGAUCCUCCCUUCCCUAGGGAGGCAGUUCUUCAAAUUCUCCGCGUUAUAAGGAUAAUCUUGGAGAAUUGUACAAAUAAGCACUUCUAUAGUUCCUUUGAGCAGCAUCUUUCGUCUCUCCUUGCUUCCACUGAUGCUGAUGUGGUUGAGGCUAGUCUACAGACUUUGGCUGCAUUUCUGAAGAAAACAGUUGGGAAGUGCUCGAUACGAGAUGCUUCUCUUAAUUCAAAGUUAUUUGCUUUUUCGCAAGGUUGGGGAGGCAAGGAGGAAGGCCUUGGAUUGAUCGCAUGUUCUGUGGAGAAUGGGUGUGAUUCCGUUGCAUAUGACUUGGGUUGCACCCUCCAUUUCGAGUUCUAUUCUGUUAAUGAUUCAUCGAAGGAGCCCAGUGAUUCAGAACCUUUGGUUCGAGGGUUACAAGUCAUUCAUUUGCCUAACAUUAAUUCUCGUGAUGAGAAUGAUCUUGAGCUUCUGAAUAAAUUAGUGAUGGAGUAUAAAGUACCUGCUAGUUUAAGGUUUUCACUUUUGACAAGGUUGCGGUUUGCAAGGGCUUUUGGUUCUUUAGCAUCUCGACAGCAAUAUAUUUGCAUACGAUUGUAUGCCUUUGUAGUUCUUGUUCAAGCUAGUAACGAUGCUGAUGACUUGGCUGCUUUCUUCAACAACGAGCCUGAGUUUAUUAAUGAACUGGUGUCCUUAUUAAGCUAUGAGGACGCAGUUCCUGAAAAAAUACGCAUCUUGGGCAUUCUAUCACUGGUUGCUCUUUGCCAAGACAGGUCUCGCCAGCCAACGGUAUUAACUGCUGUGACAUCUGGUGGGCACCGUGGAAUCUUACCCAGUCUCAUGCAGAAGGCUAUAGAUUCCAUCACCAGCAGUUCCUCAAGAUGGUCAGUUGUUUUUGCUGAGGCACUUUUAUCACUUGUGACUGUUUUGGUUUCGUCAUCUUCGGGUUGCUCAGCUCUACGGGAAGCAGGACUGAUACCUACUCUUCUUCCACUUCUUAAAGAUACGAGCCCCCAACAUUUACACUCAGUCAGCACCGCAGUUCAUGUUCUGGAAGCUUUCAUGGACUACAGCAAUCCGGCAGCUGCUUUGUUCAGAGACUUGGGGGGUUUAGAUGACACCAUUGCCCGCCUGAAGGUAGAAGUGUCCUAUGUCGAGAAGGGUUCCAAGCAACAAGUUGAAGAUUCUCAUCGUGAUAGUAAGGGCAAGCAAGUCAUUGGAACUUCUGAUGAGCUAGAUACACAGCCUCUGUAUUCCGAAGCACUAGUUUCUUACCACCGAAGGUUACUGAUGAAAGCAUUACUUCGAGCUAUAUCACUUGGUACGUAUGCCCCGGGCACUACUGCCCGCAUUUAUGGUUCAGAAGAGAGUUUGUUGCCUCAUUGCCUGUGCAUUAUCUUCAGAAGAGCAAAAGACUUUGGUGGUGGGGUGUUUUCACUUGCAGCGAUUGUCAUGAGUGAUCUUAUUCACAAAGAUCCUACCUGUUUUCCCGUCCUAGAUGCAGCUGAUUUGCCUCGUGCAUUUCUGGAUGCUAUUAUGGGUGGUGUUCUAUGCUCUGCAGAAGCAGUAACGUGCAUUCCACAAUGCUUGGAUGCUUUAUGCCUGAACAACAUCGGCCUUCAGGCGGUGAAGGAUCGUAAUGCUUUGAGGUGCUUUGUUAAAAUAUUCACUUCCAGAACGUAUUUACGUGCUCUUACCGGGGAUACACCAGGAACCUUGUCUAGUGGAUUAGAUGAAUUGAUGCGCCAUGCUUCCUCACUUCGCGGUCCUGGAGUGGACAUGCUGAUUGAGAUCUUGAACACCAUUUCGAAAAUUGGAUCUGGGGCUGAAUCUUCUUCCUCUUCAAUAGAUCCACAGGGCCCUUCCACAGCUGUUCCCAUGGAAACUGACACUGAGGAGAGGAUUUUGGUUUCAUCCGAUGAAGGGGAUUCGUCCAAAAUGGACAGUUCUGAGCAGAUAACUGAGGUAGAUACUUCAUCUGUGAAUAUUGAGUUGGUGAAUGUUGAAUCUUUCCUUCCAGAAUGCAUAACUAAUGCUUCAAGACUUCUAGAAACUGUUCUCCAGAAUGCUGACACAUGCCGCAUAUUCAUUGAGAAAAAGGGCAUUGAAGCUGUUCUUCAGUUAUUUACUUUGCCGCUACUGCCUCUUUCAGCAUCGGUUGGCCAGAGUAUUUCUGUUGCUUUCAAAAACUUCUCGCCUCAGCAUUCUGCUGCUCUGGCUCGGGCCAUGUGCAUGUUUCUUAGAGAACAUCUCAAAUUGACAAAUGACUUGUUAAUUUCAGUUGGUGGUUCUCAGCUUGCUCAAUUGGAAGGUGCAAAGCAAACGGAAGUCUUGAGAUGUCUUUCUAGUCUCGAAGGUCUUCUAUCACUAGCCAAUUUUCUGCUGAAGGGGACAACUACCAUGUUAUCUGAAUUGAGCUCUGCUGAUGCUGAUGUUUUGACGGAUCUGGGGAAGGCAUACAAAGAAGUACUUUGGCAUAUUUCUUUAUGUAGUGAUUCCAAGGUGGGUGAAAAGCGGGAGGUUGAUCAAGAAACUGGAAUAGCAGAUGCUGUAAUUCCUAAUGCUACUGGAAGAGAGAGCGAUGAUGAUGGUAACCUUGUUCCAAUUGUCAGAUAUAUGAAUCCGGUCUCUCUUAGAAAUGGUCCUGGGUCCCUCUGGAGUGGAGAACAAGAAUUCCUGUCUGUGGUACGUUCUGGUGAAGGUGUGCACCGUCAUGGCCGGCAUGGGUUAACGAGGACACGGGGUGGGAGGACUGGCAGACAGCUGGAUGUGUCACUCAAUGAUUCAGAAAGUUCUGCAAUUGCAUCAGAAACCUCAUUGGUCCAGGACGCAAAAAAGAAAAGCCCUGAUGUUCUCGUCUCAGAAAUUUUGAAUAAACUUGCUUUUGCCAUCCGUUCUUUCCAUGCCACUCUCGUGAAAGGGUUCACGGCCCCAAACCGUCGUAGAGCUGACUCUGGUUCACUGAGUUCUGCUUCCAGGAGCCUUGCAACUGCCCUUGCCAAAAUUUUUCACGAGGCUCUUAGUUACUCAGGGCAUUCUACCUCAGCUGCUGGCCUUGAAAUGUCAUUGUCAGUGAAGUGCAGGUAUCUUGGAAAGGUUGUGGAUGACAUGGUGGCACUCACCUUUGAUAGCAGACGGCGUGCAUGCAACACGGCAUUGGUGAACAACUUCUAUGUACAUGGAACAUUCAAGGAGCUUCUGACUACAUUCGAGGCCACAAGUCAGUUGCUCUGGACACUCCCCUACUCUAUUCCAGCCUCUGGUUCCGAUCAAGGAAAAACUGUUGAAGGAAAUAAGUUGUCUCACAGUUUGUGGUUACUGGAUACAUUACAAAGCUAUUGUCGUAUGCUGGAGUAUUUUGUAAAUUCUUCCCUUCUUUUGUCUCCAACCUCUUCAUCUCAGGCGCAGCUGCUCGUUCAGCCCGUUGCAGCUGGAUUGUCGAUUGGACUGUUCUCUGUACCAAGGGAUCCAGAAGUUUUUGUUCGUAUGUUGCAGUCCCAGGUUCUGGAUGUGAUUCUUCCUGUAUGGAACCAUCCCAUGUUUCCUAACUGCAGCCCAACUUUCAUUACCGCCAUGGUUUCUCUUGUUACUCAUAUAUACUCUGGUGUUGGAGAUGUAAAGCGGAGUAGAAAUGGUAUCACAGGAAGCACAAACCAACGGUUUGUGGGUCCUCCUCCUGAUGAAUCUACUAUUGCUACCAUAGUUGAGAUGGGUUUUAGUAGAGCCAGGGCUGAGGAAGCUCUGAGGCGCGUGGAAACAAAUAGCGUGGAGAUGGCCAUGGAGUGGUUGUUUAGCCAUGCCGAAGAUCCUGUGCAGGAGGAUGAUGAGCUUGCUCGGGCACUUGCCUUGUCAUUGGGUAAUUCAUCAGAUACAUCUAAAGAAGACAGUGGUGAUAAGACAAGAGAUGUCAUGGCUGAAGAAAGAGAGGCAGAAGCGCCCCCCAUUGAUGAUGUUCUUGCUGCAGCUAUGAAGCUGUUUCAGAGUAGUGAUGCUAUGGCCUUCCCAUUGACAGAUUUGCUUGUGACACUUUGCAAUCGGAACAAAGGGGAAGAUCGUCCGAGAGUGGCCUUGUAUCUUAUUCAGCAACUAAAGCUUUGUCCAUCGGAUUUCUCGAAGGACACAGGAGCGCUGUGUACAAUCUCCCAUAUCUUGGCUUUGCUUCUUAGUGAAGACAGCAGUACACGAGAAAUCGCUGCGGAGAAUGGUAUCGUCUCGGCUGCACUAGACAUCUUGACAAACUUCAAGUCGAGAACUGAUUCAAAAGAAGAGGGUUCAGCCCCGAAAUGCGUAAGUGCUCUGUUUCUUAUCCUGGAUAACAUGCUGCAGUCCAAACCUAGAGUUUCAUCCGAAAACACUGAAGGAAAUCUGUCGGGGUCUUUAGCCGACUCUUCUGGAGAGGAUGCUUCUUUGUCACUCUCUGUAUCUGUUACCGAGAGUAAAUCUACUUCACAGGGUCAUGAUAAAGAAACUGGCAAUGUAUUUGAGAAGAUAUUGGGGAAGUCUACUGGGUACCUGACUCUUGAGCAGAGUCACAGGGUACUGGAAAUUGCUUGUGAGUUCAUAAAACAACAUGUUCCAGCUAUGGUUAUGCAGGCUGUUUUGCAAUUAUGUGCACGCUUAACAAAAACACAUGCUAUAGCUAUGCAAUUCCUUGAAAAUGGAGGUCUUGCUGCACUUUUUAGUCUUCCAAGGAGUUGUUUCUUUCUGGGGUUUGACAGCGUCGCAUCUGCUAUCAUCCGGCAUCUCCUCGAAGAUCCUCAAACCCUACAAACUGCUAUGGAGUUGGAGAUACGACAAACCCUGUCCGGUACUCUUAGCCGCCAAGCAGGUCGUCCUUUGCCAAGGACAUUUUUGACAUCAAUGGCACCUGUCAUCUCAAGAGAUCCUGUGAUUUUCAUGAGAGCUGCAGCUGCAGUUUGUCAGUUGGAGACAUCGGGUGGAAGGAUGAAUAUUGUCUUAUCAAAGGAAAAGGAUAAAGAGAAGGAGAAAUCAAAAGCCUUUGGUGUUGAAGUUGGAGUUUCUUCUAAUGAGUGUGUACGGAUGCCUGAAAGUAAGCUACAGGAAGGAUCUGGCAAAUGCACGAAAGGUCACAAAAGAAUUCCUGCCAGUCUAACACAAGUUAUAGACCAGCUUUUGGAAAUAGUUAUGAGCUAUCCGUCAGCAAGAAAACAGGAGGAAUGUACUAGUUCCUUAGCCCCUAUGGAAGUUGAUGAACCUGCUACAAAGGAGAAGGGUAAAUCGAAGGUUGAUGAUACAAAGAUGGAACACGACAGCCUCUCUGAAAGAUCCACAGCACUGGCAAAAGUCACUUUUGUUCUCAAGUUGAUGAGCGAUAUUCUUCUCAUGUACGUACAUGCGGUGGGGGUUGUUCUCAGACGGGAUUCAGAGACUUGUCAACUUCGGGGAUCUUGUCAGCUGGAUGGCUCUGGACAUGGCGGGAUAUUGCACCAUGUUUUGCACCAGCUGCUUCCAUUAUCUUCAGAUAAAACUGCUGUGUCCCUGGACAAAACUGCCGAAGCCUCAGUCGAGUGGAGAGACAAGCUGUCGGAAAAAGCCUCAUGGUUUUUGGUUGUGCUAUGUGGUCGUUCUGGUGAAGGGCGCAGGCGUGUGAUUAGCGAAAUUGUAAGAGCCUUCUCUUCAUUCUCUAGCUCAGGAAGCAAUUCUUCCAAAGGAAUUCUAUUGCCGAAUAAAAAAGUUCUGGCUUUUGCUGACUUGGUGAAUUCCAUUUUGUCAAAAAAUUCAUCUUCAAGCAACUUACCUGGUCCAGGAUGCUCACCAGAUAUAGCAAAGACCAUGAUAGAUGGAGGAAUGAUUCAAUCUUUGACCAGUAUUCUUCAGGUGAUCGAUCUGGAUCAUCCUGAUGCUCCAAAAAUUGUGAAUCUUAUACUCAAGGCUUUGGAGAGCUUGACAAGGGCUGCUAAUGCUAAUGAGCAAGUGUUCAAGUCAGAGGGGCUUAAUAAGAAAAAGCGUUCUGGUAUGAAUGGAAGAGCUGAAGACCAGACAAAUGCAGUUGCUGGUGGCGAAUCUGUGGAGCAUGAUCAAAAUGCUAACAGUCAACAUCAGACCACAGAUGCAGUGGGAACUGAACAGCAGCUUCAGGGAACCUCUCACAAUGAUACAGUUCGGGAUGCAAAUCUAAAUCAGUCUAUGGAGCCAGAUAUGAGAAUAGAGAUGGAAGAGACUAUGACUGCUCAUCCACCAAUGGAACAUGGGGUUGAGUUCAUGCGUGAGGAGAUGGAUGAAGGUGGUGUGCUGCAUAAUACAAAUGUUGGGAUGACUUUUCGAGUUGAGCGUAGGACAGAUGAUGACAUGGGUGAUGAAGAUGAUGAGGAUAUGGGGGAGGAUGGUGAGGAUGACGAUGAAGAGGAUGAUGAAGAGGAUGAUGAGGACGAGGAUAUAGCUGAAGAGGGUGCUGCUCUGAUGUCUCUUGCUGAUACUGAUGUGGAGGACCAUGAUGACAAUGGUUUGGGAGAUGAAUAUAAUGAUGACAUGAUUGAUGAAGAGGACGAUGAUUUUCAUGAGAACCGUGUCAUAGAAGUGAGAUGGAGGGAAGGUCUCGAUGGUUUAGAUCAUUUACAAGUUUUGGGGCGUCCUGGAGCUGCAAGUGGUCUCAUUGACGUUGCAGCAGAGCCCUUUCAAGGGGUAAAUGUGGAUGAUAUAUUUGGUUUUCGCAGGCCUCUAGGUGAGCGUCGCCGCCAGACUGGUAACAGGAAUUUUGUUGAGCGAUCCGGCUUAGAAGGAACUGCUUUUCAACAUCCACUCCUGCGGCCAUCGCAGUCAGGGGAUCCAAACGUUUCGAUGUGGUCCUCUGCUGGAACUGGAUCCAGGGACUUGGAAGCUUUAUCAGUUGGAAAUUUUGAUGUAACCCAUUUCUAUAUGUUUGAUGCUCCUGUUCUGCCGUCUGAGCAUGCAGCAGCUACUAUUUUUGGUGAUCGUUUGGUUGGUGCACCCCCACCCUUACUUGAUUUUUCGCUAGGGAUGGAUCCUAUGCAUUUGGCAGGAAGAAGAGGGCCAGGUGAUGGUCGAUGGACUGAUGAUGGUCAGCCACAAGCAGGCAGUCAGGCUGCUGCUAUAGCACAAGCUGUAGAAGAACAGUUCAUAUCCCAGCUGCGCAGCGUGACUCCUUCCAGUAAUCGUCUAAAUCAGAGGCAAUCAGAAAAUCCUGGAAGGCUAGAGAACCAGCAGUCAGACAUUACACCAUCUAAUGUCGACAGUCAACCACAGUAUGCAGAUGAUAAUGUUGCUAGCCAACAAACUGAAGCUCAACAUCAAGAUCUAGGAACCAGUUCAGUGCAUCCUCAAGAGAAUCCAACUGUUGAAGGUGACUCUUGUCUUCCUAUCUCAUUCCUUGAUGGAUGUGUCAAUUCAGAGUCUGUUCUCAGAGAAGCAGAAGGGCCACAAGCAGCAGAACCUAUGUCAACACAUCCAGAUGGUUUAAACAGUAUCUCGAAUGAGAGUGAAAGCAUGCAAAUUGGAGAGGGUCCCAUCACUAACAUAGGAAGGUUGGAGACCAUUCCUGAGUUUGUUACAACAUCAGCUGAUUUACACAGCAUGGAUCCUCCGAGUCGAGAUGUUUCCGAAAUGUUUGCUAACGCUCACGAUUCAGGGCCUCUUAGCACAUCUGGUGAUGUUCUGUUAGGAACAGAGAGCCAGUCCAGUAGUCAAGCACUUGUUGGUUCCAGUGCAGAAAUGCUGCAUGCAGGUGAUGGUGCUGCUUCAGUUGAAGUUGGUGUUGAUGUUGAUAUGGAAGGUGUACCCACUGUGAGGAACCCAGUUGAACACACUGUGCCUGUUUCUUACAAUGCUGCAGACGAUCCAUCUGCUCUGCAAAGCACAGAGGUUGCUCAAGAUGCCAAUCAACCUGACCAGAUCAAUAUUAAUAAUGAGGGUUCUAGCACAAAUACUAUUGACCCGACCUUCUUGGAGGCACUGCCUGAGGAUCUUCGGGCAGAAGUACUAGCUUCUCAACAAGCUCAAUCUGUACCAGCUCCGACUUAUGCACCUCCUUCUGCAGAAGACAUCGACCCUGAGUUCUUAGCCGCUCUUCCUCCAGAUAUUCAAGCAGAAGUUUUAGCACAACAGCGAGCACAAAGAGCUGUGCAGUCUCAGCAAGCUGAAGGGCAACCGGUUGAUAUGGACAAUGCAUCUAUUAUUGCUACUUUUCCUGCUGAUUUGCGUGAAGAGGUGCUCUUGACAUCCUCCGAAGCAGUUUUAUCUGCAUUACCAUCACCUUUACUGGCAGAGGCCCAAAUGCUCAGGGAUAGAGCAAUGAGCCAUUAUCAGGCUCGCAGCCUUUUUGGAGGCAGCCACAGGCUUGGCGGUAGAAGGAAUAGUUUGGGAAUAGACAGGCAGACAGUGAUGGAUAGAGGUGUUGGAGUUACAAUAGGUCGGCGUGCUGUUUCUGCCAUUGCAAACAGCUUGAAGGUUAAAGAAAUUGAAGGAACACCUCUUUUAGAUGCAAAUGCUUUGAGAGCAUUGAUCCAGCUCUUAAGAUUAGCUCAGCCCCUCGGGAAAGGCCUUCUCCAGAGACUCUUGUUGAACCUCUGUGCACACAGUGUUACACGGGCUAUUCUGGUUAGCCUUUUGCUUGAUAUGAUAAAACCAGAAGCUGAGGGUUUUGUUAGUGGACCUGCAGCUGUUACUUCUCAAAGGCUUUAUGGUUGCCAAUGGAAUGUUGUUUAUGGUCGAUCACAGCAGUUGGAUGGUCUUCCACCUCUUGUGUCACGUCGAGUCCUUGAGAUUUUGACUUACCUGGCAACAAAUCAUUUGGCUGUUGCAAAUAUUCUUUUCUACUUUGAAUCUCCGUCAGAUCUAGAAUCUCCAGUUCCUCCACAUCUGGAAGCCAAGAAGGAGAAAGGGAAGGAGAAAAUUGGGGAAGGAAUGCCUUCAUCAUGCUUGAUUGAAAUGUCUCAGAAGGGAUCUAUACCUCUAAUAUUGUUCCUGAAGCUCCUAAACCGGUCACUGUUUUUACGCAGCAAUGCUCAUCUUGAACAGGUCAUGGUUCUCCUCCAAGUAGUAGUUAAUAAUGCUGCCUCAAAAGUUGAGUCUCAGCCUCAACCUGAACAGGUUCCUGCCAAUUCCCAGACUUCAUCUGAAAAGGGAGCUUCCGAUGAGACUCCUAAAGAUCCUCUCCCAUCCGAUCAGAUUUCCGGUCAGGAUUCAAAUAAAAAUGCAAGCGCUGAGGCAUUCACAUCUAGCGGAAAGAAAAUUGUUAAUCCAUACGAUAUCAUCUUGCAGCUUCCAGAAUCCGAUUUGCGUAAUCUUUGCAGCCUUCUUGCUCAUGAGGGGCUUUCAGAUAAAAUCUAUUCACUUGCAGCCGAGGUACUGAAAAAGCUGGCCUUUGUUGCUGCUCCUCAUAGGAGAUUCUUUACUUCUGAGCUGGCAGGUUUAGCCCAUGGCUUGAGUGAUUCUGCUGUGGGUGAACUUGUCACUCUAAGGAGUACACACAUGCUAGGUUUGAGUUCUGGUUCGAUGGCUGGGGCUGCUAUCCUGCGUGUGCUACAAGCACUUUGUACACUCACUGCUGUUAUUGUCGAUGGAAGCAAGGAUCAAGAGAAUGAUGUGGAACAGGAUGAGCAGGCUAUCAUGUGGAAGUUAAAUGUUGCCCUUGAACCAUUGUGGCAAGAAUUGAGUGAAUGUAUAAGCACAACAGAGACGAAACUGGGACUGUCCUCCGCCUUCUCCUCUCCCUCACCAACUUCAAAUACAGGAGACCAUGUAGGAGGGUCUUCUUCUCUGUCGUCACCUCUUCCUCCUGGCACUCAGAGGCUUUUGCCUUUUAUAGAGGCUUUCUUUGUUUUGUGUGAGAAACUUCAGGCAAAUCAUUCCAUCGGUCAGCAAGAUCUUAUCAAUGUGACUGCCAGAGAAGUCAAAGAGUUUGCAGGGAGUUCUUCAGCACCAUCUAUGAAGUCUGCUGGUGGACAUAAACGGGUUGAUGGUGCUAUGACAUUUGCAAGGUUUGCGGACAAGCAUCGGCGUCUUCUGAAUGCUUUCAUCAGACAGAAUCCUGGCUUGCUGGAGAAGUCGCUUUCUAUGAUGCUGAAAGCACCGAGGCUGAUUGAUUUUGACAACAAGAGAGCAUAUUUCCGCUCAAGAAUUAGGCAACAGCACGAGCAGCACCCAUCUGCUCCACUGAGGAUAAGUGUUCGUAGGGCAUAUGUCUUGGAGGACUCCUAUAAUCAGUUACGUAUGCGUCCUAGUCAAGAUCUCAAGGGAAGGUUGACAGUGCAGUUUCAAGGAGAGGAGGGGAUUGAUGCUGGUGGGCUGACAAGAGAGUGGUACCAACUACUGUCAAGGGUCAUAUUCGAUAAAGGAGCUUUGCUUUUUACUACUGUUGGAAACAACGCAACAUUUCAACCUAACCCCAAUUCGGUUUACCAAACUGAGCAUCUUUCCUACUUCAAAUUCGUGGGUCGUGUGGUUGCUAAAGCACUGUUUGAUGGUCAGCUUUUGGAUGUUUACUUCACCCGCUCCUUCUACAAGCACAUUCUUGGCGUGAAAGUAACUUACCAUGAUAUAGAGGCUGUUGAUCCUGAUUAUUACAAGAAUUUGAAGUGGAUGCUGCAGAAUGACGUGAGUGACAUUCCUGACCUGACAUUUAGCAUGGAUGCUGAUGAGGAGAAGCACAUUCUUUAUGAGAAAACUGAGGUUACCGACUAUGAGUUAAUACCCGGAGGAAGGAAUAUCAGGGUGACAGAAGAAACUAAGCACGAGUAUGUAGACCUUGUGGCCGAGCACAUUUUAACAACAGCCAUCCGUCCUCAAAUUAAUAGCUUCCUAGAGGGCUUCAAUGAAUUGGUGCUUCGAGAUCUUAUCUCAAUAUUUAAUGAUAAGGAGCUCGAGCUUCUAAUCAGUGGACUUCCAGAAAUUGAUCUCGACGAUUUGAAAGGCAAUACAGAGUAUACUGGCUACACAGCUGCCUCUAGUGUUGUUCAAUGGUUCUGGGAAGUUGUCAGAGCAUUCAACAAGGAGGACAUGGCAAGGUUGCUGCAGUUUGUUACUGGAACAUCAAAGGUUCCCUUGGAGGGUUUUAAAGCACUGCAAGGGAUCUCUGGCCCUCAACGGUUUCAGAUCCACAAGGCAUAUGGAGCCCCAGAAAGGCUACCAUCAGCUCAUACCUGUUUCAACCAACUAGACCUUCCAGAGUAUUCGUCCAAAGAACAACUUGAAGAUCGCUUGCUGCUUGCCAUCCAUGAAGCUAGUGAAGGUUUCGGCUUUGGUUGACACUGCUUCCAUGAUGACAAUUCUACACCAGCGAAGCCAUCAAACUCUUUUCAAGUUGCCAUGUACAGAUUUGGAGGUGAUCAGUUGAGGCCGUUAGAGAAAGAUUAUUGUUUAGAGAAGGCUGGAUUUUGUAGAAAUUCAAGAGGCAGCAAUAUGUGAAUAGUUCCAAACAUCUCUUGACUUGCAAGCUUUGUGAGCUCUAGGGCGAGUGGUUGAAGCUUCAGUGAGGACUGCACUAGGAACGGCAGCAGCAGCAGCGGCUUGCAAAAUGUAUUUUUUUCUUUUUUCGGCUUCUCUGCCAAGUAUAUAUACAUAAAAGAUGAUCAUCUGCCUCCUUUUUAUGUUUAAUUUUGUUCAGCUGGUGUCAGUCUUUGGCUGUGAAUCGUUCUUUACUCCGCCCGCAAGAUCUCGUGCUGUUUGUACCUUCUUUUUUGGGGACAGGUGGCUCAGAUUGUGAAUGCUAGCAGCUGGUGAAAUGAAAAAUAAAUGCUUGAUUUAUUUA